AUGAGACCCACACAAAUCCUCGGCGUUGGUAAAUACCGCCACCUCAAGCUCACAACCAAGGAUGUUGGCCGCGGCUUCUACAAGGGAAAUCGAACUGGAGCCAUGGGUCGACACACAAAGUACGGUGGCUAUAUCAUUGAAUGGAGCAAGGUCCGCACCUAUGUCGUUCCCCAGAACCUCAGCGAGUCCAAGCUCACUCCCUUCGUGAGCCGAGAAGUGCGAUCCGAGCCCGGUGACUACAAGGGUCUGGCCAAAGGUCCUCAAGAUCCUUACUUUUACGUCGAGCAAUGGAAGCGAUACAACGGCGUCGACUAA